UUUUGCCGGUGUCAUUCGUGACAUUGCAUUGGCUGGAGACGUCUUGGACGUAAACAAAACGAUUAUUAUUGUUAUUUUAUUAUAUUAAAAUGUUUGUCUUAGCCGAAUUAAAAGACACAAUCAGAAUCCCGCCAGAAAUGUUUAAUUUGAAACUGGUAGACGCGGUAAAAGAUGAAAUCAAUAGAAAGCUCGCUAAUAAGGUUCUUCUCAAUGUUGGCUUAUGUAUUGCGUUAAAAGACAUCACAAAGCUUGGUGACGCUAUUAUUCUGCCCGGAGAUGGUGGUGCAUCACAUUCGGAAGUGCAUUUUAGAUACAUUGUCUUUCGGCCGAAUAUUGGAGAUAUUAUAACCGGAAAGAUCAGAAGUUGUAGUAGAGAAGGUGUUCAUAUUACGUUGGGCUUUUUCGAUGACAUUUUACUUCCACCGACUGCUCUGCAACAUCCGUCACGUUUUGAGGAAGCCGAACAAGCAUGGGUAUGGGAAUAUCAUCCGUCUGAAGAAGCGGAGAAACACGAUUUGUAUAUGGAUAUUGGAGAACCGAUUAAGUUUAGAGUGUCUGGUGAAGUGUUCGAAGAGAGUUCACCCGUUGGUCCGCCAUCAAGCGACAAGCAAUUGCAACCGAAUGUCAGCGAAGCCAAAACACCAUACAAAAUUAUAGUAGCGAUAAAUGAGUCAGGAUUGGGUUUAUUGUCAUGGUGGGACCAACAAACCCAGGCGGAGGAAGAUGAUGAUGCUGGAGAAGAGUACGAAGAAUAAGUUGAAAACGGUUUUAAGUUUUGUUUUUAAUUCUUUAAUAUAUUUACUGUGUUUCAAACAA